AUGUCUUCCUACUACGAACCCCAGGGUUGGCAGGCCCCUUCAUCCCGCCAGGUAUCGUGGGAACAACCAGCUCCGCCCUCGCGGUCAGGUACGCUUUCGAGUCCAUCGCCCCGAGUCCAAGACUUGGUCAAUACUCACACCUCCGGCGCCACAGGAUCGAGCUCGGUCUCUCAGCGUGAGGAUAGCCCGGCCUUCUCCUCCCAGUUCGACGAGAUCGACCGUGCGAUCGACAACCUCGUCAAGAGCGGGAAGCUGUGGAAUGCUCCUCGGCGCGAUUCGAUGCCCAUGAUGAUGGGCCGGCCCUAUUCCGACUACGAUCCUCGUGUCCCCAGCGGCCCCCAGCGUCACCACUCGAUCAGCGAAUUCGAUGGCUCGCGCAUGCCCCCCUCGGGCAACCUCCAGGGCUUCUAUGCCUCCCAGCGGUAUCAGGGCCGCCCAAAUGAGGUGGAACAGAUGAUGCAGGCAAAGCGUCGGAUGGCAGCACAGCGUGAGCGGGAGCUCCGCAACUACCACCAGGAGCAGCAGUACAACCGAAGCCUCCUCGCCGAGAUGUCCGCAGCCAAGUCCGAUCGCUCCGUCAGCCCGGCCGCCGUGAGCGAAGAAAGCCGUCGUGACCUGCUCGCCCGCCAGCACCGCGCCCUAUAUGGCAACGAAAGCCCCGCCUUCUUCCCACCCGGCACCCUCUCCGAUGACAACUCGCGCGCGGACAGCCAGGGCGGCGCCACGCCUUCCUCCGCCGGAGCCCGGGGAGCCUCUCCUCGCAGCGUGGACCCCUUUGGCAUGUCCCAGCCCACCGGCGCGGGCAACGUUGACGGCCCUUCGGGCUUCCAGUCGCCCAACCGGGCCAACAGCACCUCCUCGCCCAGCCCCGGGAUCAGCGCAGGCUUCGGGAGCGAGCAGCCCGUGACCUCGACCCCAUCCCCCGGCGGUGCCGACUCGCCCUCCUCCCGCCAGCCCUCGUCCAAGCCGGCUGCCGGUGCCAUCGGAUCUGUUGGUCCCAUCGGAUCCCGCCCUGCUGCGGGACAGACCUCUGUCCCCGGAGGCGUUUCCAACCCUGCCCUGAACAAGCGGUCCACCACUCCGUUGCCGUCCCCUCUCGGCUUUGGCUUCACCUCUAGUGAUGCCCCUGGCGCUGCCAACGAGCGUUCCAACUCGGCCACUUCUAAUCCGGCCUCGGCCGGUGCACAGAGUGGUGCCAAGGACGGCGGCGUGGCUCUGGCCUGGAGCAACGGCAGUGGCGUCUGGGGCUCGAAGAGCGGUCUGGGCGUCCAAGCCUCGGUGUGGGGUUGA